CAGGCGGGAGUGUGGGCGGAGUGACUUCCCUCUGACACCAGGUGACAAAAAGGGAACCACGGCGAACGCCCUCAAUGAAGUCUUUUCCUGUGAAUAUUAGCAAUACGACGAACUGGGAGGCGUUUGCGAAGCGGCUUUAAAACGCGAUGCGAAUAUAAGAUCCGCUCAGUUGACUUCAGACACUGUGAAGCAUAACUGCUAUAAGAUUUUACGGUGAUACAAACCCGCGACAAGGAUUACAAUAAUAAUACAAGAGUGAUAAGUGUUUGCAAAGUGCCACAGAGCAAGACAAGUAGCCACGACUCAGUAGUCUAUUUAGAGGAAAAAAAAUAAUAAGAUAACAGCAUCAAUCAUGCCGGGCCCCAUUCUGAGCAUGGUGGCGGAGUCGUCGGACGAGCUGGCCGUGUUCGAGUCGUGCGAGGACGUGCAGGAGGCGUGGGCCAGCAGGAACGGCAACUACGACGACGGCGACCGCUUCGAAGAGUGCCAUAACCAGCACUUCGAGGUCGAGUGCCGGACGACCUACACCAACGGCGGGACGGGGGUGGUUGAUGGGGAGGAGGAGGAGGAGGAGGAGUACGAGGCCAGAAAGGAGGGCGAGGUGCUGGUGACGACGAAGGUGGUGAAGGAGGAGCUCGUCGUACGCGAUGAGCGGGUCGUGGAGAGCAGGAAGAGAGCUCUGCUGAAGGAGGGAGUCCCCACCUGCCUGCAGGAGGACCUGGAGGACAUGGAGUGCGACGAGGACGAGGAUGAGGUCAUGGAGGACGCGGUGGAAGCCAUCAACACGAGCGUGGUCGAGGCCAAGAUCAACCUGGACGUGAGCGGCGCCCUCACCAGGAGGAAAAUUGGGUCGCUGCAGAUGGGCCGAACCCUCUCCUACGCAGACAAGGAUGACGCAGAGGAACCGCCCACGCGCCGCCCGCGUCCCUUCGCCCACGCCCGCGACAGCAUCGAGUUUGGAUCUCCAGACCUGCGAGGCUCCACCCUGGGCGAGGAGCAUCGGUUCCCGUGCGGGUCGCGGCGCGGCGUCCGCGUGGCGCGCAACCCGUCGUACCAGGCCGCCAUGCGAGGCCCCUCCACGCUGGCCCCCCCGCAGGUCACGCCGCCCCCCUCCCCUGGGCAGCAGACGCCGAGCAGCAGCUGCGAGGGUAGUCCUGUGCGGGAGGGCUCCCCCGUCACCAUCAGGGAGAGGUCCCCCUCCCCCUCGCUCAGCGGCAACAACAACAACAACAACAACGACGCGGCGAGUGACGUGUCGGGCAGCAGCAAGCGGAGUGCGUUGGAGCGCGCGCCCCCCGCCCAACACGCUGCCAACAUGCCCCGCAGUGCCUCCUUCAGCGGCUCGGAGGCACCCAUGCCUGACGCGCUAGGCAGCGGCAGUCUCUCGCAAGGGAACAGUCGCGCCGGAAGUGUUUCGCCGCUGCCGUCGCCCAGCCCCCGGAGGAACGGCGAGGACCAGCCGUCCACGCCCAUCAGGGGCUCCGUCAUCACACGCAGCUUCCGAAAGCUAUUCAGCACGCCCACGCGAACACCGCCCCCGCCCACAGUAACGACCACAGCGCCGCCAGAGGACUACUGGCUUGACGUGGCCGACGCGGACUCGCCGAGCCCGUCCGAGUCGCGGUCGUCGUCGCGCCUCCGCCGCAUCAGCUCCUCGCUCUCCCGCCGCCUCUCCACGCGCUCCAAGAUGAGCAACUCCUCCGCAGGCUCCAACGGCCAGUUCGCCGCCAACGGCACCGUCCAGUUCGAGGACUGCCGCCAGCUGGUCGAGUACGAGGACCUGCUCAAGCUGUUCAUCUGCUCGGGCUGCCAGAUCACCAUGGUGCCGCCCCUCCACCAGUGCCGAAAGGGCCACCUCAUCUGCAACACCUGCCGCGCCUCGCUCAAGCAGGUGUGCCCCGUGUGCCGACAGCGCUUCGCCGAAAGCACCAACCUGAUGAUGGAACAGGUGUGCCAACUGAUCAAGUUCCCGUGCCGGUUCUCGGGGCAGGGCUGUCCGGAGUUCCACCCGCCCAAGUCCCGCCCCGACCACGAACACUUCUGCUCCUUCCGGCCGGUCCACUGCCACCACGGGCCCCAGGGAUGCCCCAAGAUCCUGCGGCUCAGGGACAUGCAUCAGCACCUCGACGAAUGCGAGUACAAGGCCAAGUGAGUUCCCAGCGAGGCGGCGGCGACGAGGCGGCUCCUCUCGCGCUCCUCCUCCUUCUCCUCUUCCUGGCAGCGGCGACGGCCUCCUGGGACCCUUCUGCGCCCCCGUCGAGCGAGUGAAGGUCUUCGGAACACAGGGAUGGUUACGGGCGGGUUUUUUGCCUCGUUUUCUUUCCCUUUGGUUACCGGGGUUUGUCCUUGAUUAGUACGCGGGCGCAAAACACAGCUGGUUUGUACUAUUCGGAUGACCCAAAGGAAAAUUGUUGAUUCGUGAAUGAUACCCCUGUCUAUUCACAUAAACAUGCCUAUUCUGUAAUCAUUGUUAAUGAAGAGCAUUUUGUUUUUCUGGCCAUUGUAUUUUAUAAAAGUGUAGCAUGCUCUACAUGCAGCUGAAGGGGAAGAGCAUGGGAGAGGUGAUAAAGGCAAACUUCAUUUCAUCUUGUUGUAUAUUCGAUGAUUCAUCACAUGUUAUUUUAUUGAUAAGGUCUUGUACAAUAUUACUCUUAGGGACGAGUCCAUCCCCUCCCGAAGCCUCCUCACGCACAUCGGAGAAGCGUCUACGUCAGAACAGGCGGGAGUCAAUGGCUCGUCACGGCGCAGCUUCGUUGCCUCACAGCUUCGAUGUUGCGAAACUGUGUCGCUUCGUUGCUUCAUUAGCAUCACUAGCUUUCGUGCGCUUAGGCUAGAACGAGGAGAGAAGGCAUCCUGUAUCUGAGCAAACGAGAGAGCCAGGAGGGCCAGAGCUCGAGGGCGAGAUAGCAGCGAGGGGAAGGGGGAGGGUGCGAGUCGAGUGCCAAGCGCGAGGGAUCGCCCUCCGCCCGGCCUCACUUUGGCAAGGCUUCGAGACCCUUCUGUCGCCCGUACAUCAUAAUGGGUUAGGCUUAUCUCGCUUCGCGGACUCUUUGAGAAAGCAUUAAUAGCGUGAAGUGGCUAAGAUAAGUACUGAAGCGCUACGCCACUCACUCGCUUCGAUUUUAUUACACGAAAAUAUAGCGUUUUUAUCAAAUUUUUAUUCUUAUUCAAUCUAUUUUUUUGUUGCUUCUUUCUCUCUCGAUUGUUAGGACAGAUUCUUCUUCUCUCUAAAGUUUCACGUCCACAUGUGCCUGUAACAGUGACUUUGAUUACAGAGAAAAAAUACAAAAUUCACAAUCUCUGUAUUGUCAGAAAUUGAAUUGGGUUAUGUUGCCAAUUAGGUAUGCUAUCAUCAGUAUUAUUGAUUUUCCAUUAACAGUAAGUUUGACUGUUUGUCAACUCUCUGCCUGAGUGUUGUAUUUAUUCAGUGUAUUUAUAAACCUUUUGCCAAAUCUAUUAUAUUGCGGCAGAGAGAAUGGAAAGCUAAAACAUCAGAGACAGGGGAACAGAUGUAAGGCUAUUGAGAAAUGGACUUUGUUAUUUUGCUUAAGGGAUAGAUAAAUUGUUAAUUUUAUCUUUUAAGCCUAUAAGCUGUUUGUAAAGAAUGCAAGGCAAAUUGAAUGCAAAUAUAAUCGCACAUGCACACACACAAAUGUAAUACAUCCACACACACACACGCACACAUACACACACACACACAUACACACACACGCACGCACUCACGCAUACGCACACAUGCACAUUACUUUAUGUACAAUAAUGUGUCCCGCUGUUGAUAGAGGAGAGAUUCGUCACUAUCCUUGGUAAAUAAAGACAUUUCCUUCAGUAUUAUAUCACCAGGAACGGUAGUGUUCGAAUGCGUUUCUCUCCCGGGAAUACUUUUGCCUUCGCUUUGCCUUAAGGUACCAUCAGCUUUGAACAACUUCUACCUAUAAAUGUAUAAGUUAGUUAGUUCAAAGAGAGGUCUGUUUGUGAUUUUAUAUUGAUCUGUGUAUAUAUAGAAGGUGUUAUUACAUUCUCUGUGAAGAGUGAAUAUUUUCAACUGUUUCGCUUGUCCGUUUCACCAGACAAGCGAAUUCCUAUCUGGCCUUGGCUUAGGCAGCUGUACUGUGUAGUAGUGCUACAGUGAGCAUAUGUAUAUAAGAAGAAAACAAUCUGAUUGUUUACUUCCAGGUUAAUUAAAAAAAACAGCAACUAAUGGUUGUGUGAUGAUUAUAUUUGAUGAUAUAUAUAUUAUUUUCUAUA